AUGGUAGAAGAUGAAGAAAUAAAUGAUCAAAUAUCUGAAGAAGAAGAAGAAAAAAAGAAAAACAAUGAUUCAGAUGAAGAAAUGAAGGAUAUAGAUGAAGAGGAAGAGGAAGAGGAAGAGGAAGAGGAGGAGGAAGAGGAGGAAGAAAAGGAGGAAGAAGAGGAAGAGGAAGAGGAAGAAACACCAAAAAAGCCAAUGCCUCCACCUCAAUCUAAAGCAAAACCUUCCUCACAACCACCAGAUAUAAAAAAAGCAUCACAACAAUCACAAACACAAAAGAAUACGCCCCCACCAAUACAAACAUCACAAUCAUCUCAAUCAUCACAAUCAUCACAAUCAUCUCAACAACAACAACCAAAGAAUAUAUCACAAACACAACAACCAAAGAAUACACCCCCAUUACAAUCAUCACAAACAUCACAAACAUCACAAAAGACACCAGUAUCUAGUAAUAAUGGAAUUGAGAAAAGAUUAAUGAUUACUAAAAUGGUUAUGGAGAAUUUUAAAUCAUAUGCAGGUGCCCAAGAGGUUGGACCAUUUCAUAAGUGUUUUAGUUCAGUAGUUGGUCCUAAUGGUAGUGGUAAAUCAAAUGUUAUCGAUGCAAUGUUAUUUGUAUUUGGUUAUAGAGCAAAACAAAUUAGAUUAAAUAAAAUAUCAGAAUUAAUUCAUAAUUCUGAAAAUCAUAAAAACUUAACAAAUGGUAGAGUUUCUGUUCAUUUUCAAGAGAUUAUAGAUUUACCAGGAGAAGAUAAUUAUGAAGUUGUUAAAGGUUCAGAGUUUGUGGUAACACGUACAGCACAAAAAACAGGUAAUAAUAAAGAUGGUGUUUCAAAAUAUUAUUUAAAUGAUAAAGUUGUAAAAUUAGAUGAUUUAAAAACAAUUUUAAAAGAUAAAGGUAUUGAUUUAGAUAAUAAUAGAUUUUUAAUUUUACAAGGUGAAGUUGAACAAAUUGCAAUGAUGAAACCAAAAGGUGUACAUCCAGGUGAAGAAGGUUUAUUAGAAUAUUUAGAAGAUAUUAUUGGUAGUAAAAAGUAUUUACCAGAUAUUGAAGCAACUAGUAAAUUGAUAGAAGAUAUUGGUGAUAAAAGAACUUCAUCAAAUAAUCGUAUGAAAGUGGUUGAAAAAGAAAAAGAUGCGCUUCAACAAGAACGUGAUAAUGCAUUGGAGUACAUUGAUAAAGAGUUAAAGUUAAUUCAUUGUAAAUCGAUACACUAUCAAAUUGGUAGAAGCAAACCAGAGCGUGAAAAGAAUGAAAUUGCAGCCAAACAAGAGAUGGUUGAGAAACAAUUGGAACAAGAGUUGGUCACUCAAAAAGCAUCGAAUGAUAAACUAUUGGAAUUUGAAAAGAAUCUUAAACAACAGAAUAAACAAUUGGAUGAAUUGAAUAAACAAAUGGCAAAAUGUAAGAAUGAACUCUUAACCACUGAAAAGAAAGGUGUUAAAUAUAAGGAAGAAACUAAACAUUUGAAAACUAAAGUCAAAAAAAACAAUAGUGUCAUCGAAGAGGAAACAAAGAAACAAGCGGAAUUUGAAAGAUCAACUAUCAUUCAUAAACAAGAUAUAGUUAGAUUCGAGAAAGAGUAUGUCGAACUACCAAAGGAAUUGAUUGUUGAAGAGAAGAAAUUAGAAUCAAUGUUAAAUUCACUCAAGGGUGAAGUUACAGAAUUACAACGUGAAAUGGAGGAAAAACAAAAACAAUUACUUCCAUGGAGUAAAAAGCAUAGUGAAGCAAAGGCAGUAGUUGAUUUGAAAACCUCUGAAUUGGCUGUACUCUCUAAAGAUUUCAAUGGUGCAACUCAAAAUUUAGAUGAUGCAAUCAAAGCACUAGAGGAUGCCAAAACCAUUUCAUCCACUCGUAAGAAUAAUAUCACCAAAUCAAAGAAGGAGUUGGAAUCGGUUAAAGCAAUUAUAGUGGAUCUUGAGAAAAGACUUGCAAGUGGUAAAGUCACCGAAGAGAAUCUCUAUAGAAAUACAAUGGAUGCCAAGAGACAAUUGGAACAAAUUAAGACCAAUCUCUCUGAAAAUAGUUCAAGAAACACUAUAUUGGAUCGUUUAUUAAAGAUUAAAGAAAGUGGUCAAAUUAGUGGUAUUCAUGGUAGAUUGGGUGAUUUGGGUGCAAUCGAUCAAAAGUAUGAUGUUGCCAUCUCUACUGCUGCCUUCUCACAAAUGGAUAAUAUCAUUGUAGAGACAACAGCAGCCGCCGAAGCAUGUGUUGAACUAUUACGUAAGGAGAAUUUAGGUAGAGCUACAUUUAUGAUCUUGGAGAAUUUAGAAUAUCAACGUCAAAAUCUUGGUCCAGUUCAAACACCAAAUAAUACACCACGUCUAUUUGAUUUAAUAAAGAUGAAAGAUGAAAAAAAGUAUGCAACCGCCUUUUUCACUGCAGUUGGUCAUACUUUGGUUGCUGAUACUUUGGAUGAAGCAACCAAAAUAGCCUAUGGAGCAAAAAGACAUCGUGUUGUAACUUUGGAUGGUUCACUCAUUGACACUAGUGGUGCAAUGAGUGGUGGUGGUCUCAAACCAAGAGUUGGUGCAAUGAACUCCAAAUUAAAGGGUGAUCCAAAAGAAGAUAAAAAGAAAUUGAUAGAGUUACAAGACAAUCUUUCUCAAUUGGAUAGUGAUCUUCGUCAAUGUAGGGAUGAGUUGGUAGAGAUUGAAAACCAAAUUCAACAAGCACAAAAUCGUCGUUCUGAAUUAGAAUUAGAAUUGCCAAAGAUGGAUAUGGAUAUUAAAGCAGCCAUUACAAAAUGUGAAGAGUUAACCAAAGUUAUUCCUCAACUAAAGAAUAAAGCAAAGUUAUCCACUGAAAAGAAGGAACAAAUCGAUUCCAUCAAAGAAUCAUUGAUUGUUGAUCAAAAAUCUUUAGAUAAGGUUCAAGAGAAAGUUAAUAAAUUAGAAUCUGAAGUUCAAGAAAUUCAAAACAGUAUCUUAAAUGUUGGUGGUCCACAAUUGAAAAUGCAAAAGAAUAAAGUUGAAUCACUUCAAUCUAGAAUUGAUUCAAACCAAACCAACACUACCAAAGCAAAUGUUCAAAUCAAAUCAUUAGCAAAAUCAAUGGAAAAAUCAAUUAAAAUAUUGAAUGAAAAUACCAAAGAAAAGGAUGAGAAUGAAGCAGCAUUAGCAGAGAUUCUAGAGAAAUAUAAAUCAUUGGAGAAAGAGAAUCUUAAAGCCACUGAAGCAAUGGAAGCUGUCUCUGAACAACUUCGUGAAAAGGAAGAAGAAACCAAAGAAAUUAGAAAAGAACAUGAAAAAGCCAAAAAAGUAAUUGAAAAGAUUAAAGUUAGCAAUAGUAAAUUGGAGACUCAAAUCGAAGAAUUUAAAACCCUUAUCAAUGAGAAACAAGCAGAGAUCGCCGAUUGUUUAAGUAAAUUUGCAAACCAAGCAAAGAAAGCAAAAAUCUAUAAAGACUAUGUCGAUGAAUCACUCAUCAAUCAAGUCUCUGCAAUCUUAACACCCGAGGAGAUUGAACAAUAUAUGGAGGCCACUGAACAACAAAAUCUAAUUGCCAAAAUUCAUGAACUCACCACUCAAAUUCAAAAAAUUUCAAAAGAAAACAAUGUAAACAUUGAAGUGGUUAAAGAUUUCCAAAAGAAGGAACAAGAAUAUCAUAGUAGAAAGGCGGAAUUUGAUGAAAUUGAAAAAGAACGUGACAAUCUAUCCAAAAGAUAUGAAAGUCUUAGAAAGAAUCGUUUGGAUGAAUUCAUGGCUGGCUUUACAAUUAUCACAAUGAAACUAAAAGAAAUUUAUCAAAUGAUUACAUUGGGUGGUGAUGCUGAAUUGGAAAUCAUCGAUCGUGAAGAUCCAUUCCAAGAAGGUAUCUCUUUCAGUGUUAGACCUCCAAAAAAGAGUUGGAAAAAUAUUUCAAAUCUUUCUGGUGGUGAGAAAACUUUAUCUUCUUUAGCUUUAGUAUUUGCACUUCAUCAUUAUAAACCAAAUGCUCUCUAUGUAAUGGAUGAAAUUGAUGCAGCUUUAGAUUUUAAAAAUGUUUCAAUCAUUGCUAAUUAUAUUAAAGAAAGAACUAAAAAUGCUCAAUUCAUUAUUAUCUCUUUAAGAAAUUAUAUGUUUGAAUUAGCUGAUCGUUUAGUUGGUAUUUAUAAAACUGAUAAUUGUACCAAAAGUGUUACAAUUAAUCCAAAUAGUUUUACUUCACUUUCAACAACAACAACAACAACAAAUAAUUCACAACAACAACAACAACAAAAACAACAACAAAAACAACAACAACAAAAUUCAACAUCUCAAAAAUAA